AUGCCAGCAAACACCUCACCUCGUCUCCCUCCCGAGCUGCUUGAAUUACUCAUCCACCCCUACGUGAAUGAUCGGCCAAUGCUCGCGCAGUUGUCCCUUGUUGGUCGGGACUGGUACCCAAUAACGAGGGUGCAUCUCUUUCGCACUAUUCAAAUCCCCAUCCGAUAUCCACCAGGAGUGUUAGAACAGAGAAGCUUGGAACUCCUUCAGCUCUUCCGAGUUCGACCCUCACUUCCGCAGUUCGUCAGGGAGGUUGAACUCCUGGUCAACGUAAAUCACGAAUCGCCGAUAAUGGAUGCGGACCAGGGCCUCAAGGACUUAUCCGCCCUCUUCGCGAUGAUAGGCUCACCAAAAGCGAUAUCGCUACAGCCUUCGACGGACUACAAACCGAGCUGGACAUCAGGUUUCGAUUUUUCGAAGGGGUUUGUCGAUGCUUUCUUCCACCUUGUCUCGACGCCUACCGUGGAGAAGGUCAAGAUCUGGAAAGUGAUGGACUUUCCGUUGUCGCGCUUGUUGAGCAUCCCGACGCUCAGGCACCUGGACCUGACAAGGGUUGAUGGGUACUUCGACUCGUUGCCGGACAAGGCGCUACCUCCCUGCAACACCGACAGUGGAGAGUUGGUCCACUUCACCACCAACGACUGCCACUAUCCUCUGCCCCACUUGGUGCGACACGUGCAGUCCCCCUUUGCAGCCUUGCGGCUCGAUCGCCUUCGACAUCUCACGUUCAACGUGAACUGGCUCUCGAGGAAUGAUUGGAUAGAAACCUGGGACCAAUUCACGUCGCUGUUUUCCUCCACUCUGGAAUCGCUUGCAAUAACGCAUUGUGGACAUCUGGAAACCACUUAUUCCAGAUGGGCGUCUUUCUGCAGCUCUGCUCAUAUAUCCCCCAUGGCCUUCCUCGACAUCGCGGUCUUCCCCAACCUGAAGAAAUUGACGUUUUACUGCAGUUACUCAUAUGCUCACUACACCAAGGCCCGGGACUGUCCAAUCAACGGCAUGUCCGCAAGCCUUGACCGGUUUUCCCGAAUGCCUAAUCAGCUCGAAGAAGUGGCUAUCGAAGACAAAGCCUUCCUUGAGCCCGAUUUCGAGAUGAGGCCUUCAGAUUUGGCUAUGCGAUGGCUGGCAGCAUUUGACAAGCUCCCGCCGCCCGCGGGAAACACCCUGCAUCACCGGUACAAAUGGCAUCAGGCUCUCACCAUACAUCUGCUUCCCACCAGAGCACACACCCCACACCUGCCCCUAUCGAUCUAUCCCUCGUCGGCUCACCUCCAAUAUGCUCCUCCCACAAUGCCGAAGCUGGAUGGCGCAUAUGCCGCGUUUCAGGAUAAGGUGUGCGAGUUUGGGGGAGGAGUGGGUGAGGAGGGAUGA